AUGUUUCCUAAUAGUAAACUUCCGGUUUGUAAAAAUAUAAUAUACUAUACUAUAUACCACUCGCCAUGCGGCCACUAACCCAAGAGGAAACAAAUACUUUCUUCGACAAAUUAUCAAAAUAGUAAGCACAAGUUCAUUACUCAUCAAAAAAUAUAUGUAUAAAUUUGUCUUUCUCUUAAAAAUGUGAACUCUAAAUCACAAUUUAGCGUUUGAAAAAUUUGUGUAAGUUGUAUAAGUAAAAUACCCGAUCCCAAAUCAAAACAACACAUCAAAAUCAUCAACAAUUUUUUUAUUUACAUUUACAAUGAUUAUGACAAAUUCUAUGACUCUAUUUCAAUGAUUAAUUGUCCGGCUUACCAAUUGUCCUAUUAAUUAUUAAACCUUUCGGGAUGGAGAUUUUUUUAAAUGUCGGUGCCACGAAGACAGAGCCCAAUUUACAAGCACGAUAUUCAUGAUAAAAAAAAAUAAAAUAAUAAUAGUAAAAACUUUUACUUAAUUUAUGUUAACUUAAUUAUUAAUUAAUAAUAGGGCUAAAAUUAAGGACGGAUGCCAUGGCGUCUUUUGUGUGUUUAUUAUAGUUGCAGUGAAUUAAUUAGGGUUUAGGUUAGGUUAGGUUGAGGGAUCGAUUUAGGGUUCAGGUUAGGCAUAGUAUAGGGAUCGAAUUAGGGUUCAGGUUAGGCAUAGGGAUCGAUUUAGGGAUACAUUAGUGAAAUUUGAUAAAAUAGUGGCAUUCGUCCUUAAAAUUUAACAAUAAUACAUAUUAUUUAUAUUAUUUUCUAUUUUAAGUAUUUACAUAAAUUAAAUGUGACUGAUGUGAUUGAUGUGUAAAAACUAUAAUUAUUAUAAUUAAUUAUCAAUAUGUCAAAUAUAUAAUAUUCUUGUAGGAAUUUGAAUAUACUAAAUACAAACUUAUAACUUUUUAUGAAUGAAAGUGAAAUCCAACAUUUUUUAUGCAAAUGAUUUAUAUUUGCAUAAUUUAUGCAUGUAAUUUUUUGUUACACUUAAAAUAAACAUGACUUACUUUUAUCAUUCGUGUGAUUUUUUUUGAUGGAUGAAACCUGAACAAGUCCUACCACUAACACUGCAUCUUUUGUCAUUCACUGCGUCAUUGUUGAAUGCAAGUAAAAAUCUGUUUUCAAAGAUCUAUAUAUAUAUAAUUUGCCAGAAACUACGGCACAAUAAGACCAAGAUGACCAUGCAGGCUAUAUAUAGAUACGCCAGGGCAAGCAAGAUGCAGGCAAACCCUCCGCUCCCCUGCCAGCCAGCUUGUGGCGUAUGCCAAGCGUGGUGUCUGCUAAGCCGCGGGUCGGCAUGAAAUAAAAAGUGUGCAGUGACAUAUCAUGAAGAGGGGGGGAUCAUGAAGAGGGGGGGGGGGGGGUAAUAGCGAAAUUGGCAUUCUUAAAUGUGCAUAACUUGAGUUCAUGUUUUUGUCAAGUAACUUUAGUAGAUGGGAAGUUCACGCAUUGCUGUCGCCAAUGUUUGGCGGGCUAUAUCCACCCUCGCUUGCCAGCCAUAUCCACCCUCGCUUGCCAGCCAUGCGCACACCCCAACAAGCUUGCGUCAUAGCAUCGCCUAGUAGUUAAUAUUUUAGUUAUUAAUCGUUAUAUAAAUUUCAUUUAGAAGCUACUUGUUGCCCAAUAUCAAUAAGGUCAAUUGGAUGGAUCUGAAUUUAAAUCAGUGGUUCUCAACCUUUCCAAUGCUGCGACCCUUCAAUACAGUUCCUCAUGCUGUGGCAACCCCCAUUGCCCCCAACCAUACAAUUAUUUUCGUUGCUACUUCAUAAAUAUGUGUUUUCCGAUGGUUUUAGGCGACCCCUGGGUAAGGGUCAUUUGACCCCCAAAGGGAUCACGACCCACAGAUUGAGAACCGCUGAUUUAAAAUUACAAAUCAAUAAAUAUAGUCAUAGCGUUUUUAUAUUUUGAAUUAAAGUUAAUUUUUAGUAAUCCUGGAGUUGAGCAUCCCAAAUUAUAUUAUAUAAUAUUAAUAGGCAUAGAAGUAGUCAGAAAUGCCAUAAUUUGUCUGGAAAAAUCAACCAUGACCAUUCUAAACACAGGCCUGUUGCCAGGGCUGAGUCUGUCUGUGGGUGCACAGAUGGCUGAUCAGGCCGGUCCUGGUGGAGAAGGUGCAGGGGAUGGAUGGAACCCAUCUGUUUAGAUCCGCCUAUGACCUGUAAUAUAGGCCAAAACGUGCCAAAGUGUCCUCGUCUUAUAGCCAUUUUAAUUGUUUCUAUAGUAUAGUAGUUACUAUCCUAAUGUCUCAUUUUUAUUUUAGUUAGUUUACAUGUAUUUAAUAAUUGUAAAGCGCUUAGAGCUUUAAGGUAAGCGCUAUAUAAAAAUGCCUAAAUAAAUAAAUAAAUAACAGUUGAUCUGUCGGCCUCAUGUUGCAUUGAGCCCUUGUCUAUGGAAGAGCGCCACGAGUCUCAAGACUUUGAGAACUGUUCCCACAUGCCUAAUGUGAAAUGCUUUCAAAAACUUUCAGUGUGUCUUUAAAGCAUUUCUUGUGUCCCCCAGCAAACCGCCUGCCUUGCUUGAGUUCACCACUAAAAUUAUCUUUUUGGGCAAGCAGUUGUCUGGCGUUCUCAAAACAUGGCCUGCCCAGCGAAACUGUGACUGCAUUAAUAAGGUGUGUAUGCUGGAGAGGCCUGCUUAUGCGAGUACUUCAUUCAGUGUCAGGGAUCUUGUCCUGCCAUUUGAUGUUGAGGAUUUUUCAUCGCAUUAGAGUGGUUUAGUUUUCUUGCAUGGCGUUAAUAGACUGUCCAUGUUUCACAUGCAUAUAGUAGCCUUUGGAGCACAGCUGCCUUGUGCACCUUCACUUUGGUUUGGAUGCUGAUGUCUCUCCUUGUCCAUACAUUCUCAGACAUUUUUCCAAAUUAGACAUAGGGAAUGGUUGAGACAUCUCGAUUUUCACAGACCCUAGCCUGCAUACUAUCAUGAAAUUGCUGCACCAUUUAGAUGAAUUUUUUGGGGCAGCCAUAUUUGCCCAAGAUCAUCCAGAAACACUUCAUCACAAAUUCGUGGAGCCCCCUACCACACACACACACUUCCUCUAAACAUGUGACAUUGUUUAUGAUGGCUUUAACAGCAAAUGGUGGACUAAAUAUUACUGUUUCUUUCAUGCUAAAUCGCAUUGGGGUUCACUAGUGAAAACACAAAGCAACAGUGUGAUGACAAUUACAAAAGAAUGCAUAUUUUUUACAGCAUUAGGAUAUAAAUAGAGUUUUACGUUAAUUAUUGCAGAAUUAUUUUUCUGUGCAUAUAUGGACAUACUUUCUGCCAACCCCCCUCCAUUAUACAUAAAAUAUCCAAAAUUGACAACCCUCCAAUGCAUACAUACUAUAUGGAUGGCCUCAUACAUGGUACAUAAAUUGUUAGAAAGCAUUAUAGGCCCCUGGUAGCUUUAGAAAUCUGUUUAAGUUUAAUGUAAAUAACUUUCAUAAUAAAUUUAAUUCAUGUUUUUUCAUUUUAUUUAUUAAGUAUUGGUGAAAACAUCAAACUUCUUAUUGAUCGACAAGAUGGUGCCUACUGUUUCAGACUUCAUAGAGACAGGGUUUAUUACAUGAGGUGGGUUUAAUGCAUAAUAAACAUAUGUAAAAUAAUCAGUCAGUUCUUGCUGACAAUUGAAAAUUUUUUUUUUAUUACCAUUUGAUCACUACUGGUACCUCAACUACCUGGUACAAAAUAUCUUAAAUUAGCUUUGAUUUUAAUAUAUUCCCUCUUCAAAAAAAAAAGGAUGCAGAAAGUAGAAAAAAACAAUAUUUGCUAUGAAAUGAUAUUUCUUCAAUGGUGAUCAUUUUUAAAAAAUUAAACAACUUCAAGAAUGAAGUAAUAUAUGGUUGCAAUGUGUCUGUUAAAGUUACUGUUUAUUUAUCAUGUAUGAACUGAACAUUGUUUGCAUGUCAUCUUGCUUAAGUUCUACAGACAUUGGAUCAUGGUUUGUCAAGUAGGCUUUAGAAGUAAUAUUUUAACUAUUUUAAUACUUAUCUUGCAGAUACCCCUGAAUUAUAUUAUUGUUGCAUAAUUUUAAUUGUACGCUUUUGCAAUGUAUUAUUAACUAUGACUAUGUUCGUUCCUUCCUUAUUAAAAUUAUAAAGUGAAGAGCAGUUGAAAAUUGGCAGUUCUGCUGCAGGUGAUUGUCUUCUCAGCAUUGGUUCAUGUUUUGGCAAGUUCACAAAAUCAGGGAAAUUCCACCUACACAUAACUGCCCUGGAUUACCUGGCACCAUAUGCUAAGGUAUAUUUUUAAAUUUAAAAAUAAUUGAUUUGAAUGGCAUGAAAAUCCCAGUUUAUCAACUUAAUUUGUUUACUUUGGAGGUUUCCUGAAAAGUUAAAUAAUAUGGUCAAAAGUAGUCUUUAACUUAUUUUGUAAUACCAGUAGCGAAAUAUCUUUUUGGCUAAAUAAUAUCAGAAAGUUUUACCCAUCUUACGUUCGGAAAUAUAUUGAAAAUUAGACCAAAAGAUUAUUUUAUACUUUGUCUAAAACUGAUUUUAUCAAAUACAUUUUCUAAUUUCAUUUACAGGUACCGGUAGUUGAAAAAAUGUUGUUUUUGAAAUACAUUGCUAGAACUAGAAGUAUUUAUUAGGUCAGGUCUCAACUACUUUUUAAAAAAGUGUCCUUUUCUACUGUUAUCCAAAUUUUAAUAAUAAAUUAAAAAUUGAAUUUUUAUUUUCCAUAAAAAAAGCAUAAAGUUUGGCUGAAAUCAAGUGCUGAACAGCAGUUCUUAUAUGGACAUCACAUCAUGAAAUCUGGGCUUGGUCGUAUAACUGAGGGAACAGAACAGUACCAGGGAGUUAUUGUCUACAAUAUGAACGACUUGUCCUUAGUAAGUAGCCUAAACAAGUCUUUUGUCAAUUAUGCACUAUGGUACUAUAAUGUUGUGAAGACAGAUUGGAUGAAAGAGGGCGCUUUGAUACUACCGGUAAAAAUCAUGGACAUGUAUAAUUAGCUAGUUUUAGAAAUAGACACUUAAGAAAAAGCCCCCAACAACCAUAUUAUUUCAUUAUUAGAAAUGUGCAUUAUGCUAUAGACACAUUUCAUAUUAAGCUUAAUUGAAGUGAACAUUUAUUUUAAUCUAUAGACUAUGUUAUGAACUCAUUUUUGUGAGCGUGGUCGGGUUGUGGAUGGAAUGUGACGGGGGUGAGUUGUUGACUUAGGGCUACUUACGUGAUUGGUCGAAGUGUAUAUGACAAUAAAAAAUGUGAGGUGAAUAAAUGCUGGGUAAACACAGGGUGCAGGUUAAAAGGUCUGUAUUUAUAGUCCUAGUUUGUCAGUGGAAAUCAGUAAGUAGAGUGUAGUCUUAGUGUAGUAAUGCUAUAUAUUUCUUUAUUCGUUAAUCUCUAGAGAAGUUAAAAAGUGAAUCCGAUAGAGGAUGAAAAAUAAUAAAAAUUUCUUCUUUAAAGUUUUUUUAUUGCUCAGUCAGCAAAAAUGCUUUAAAAUUUAAAACCAGUAGUAAUGAAGGGGUUAAGUAUUUUCUUCAACCAGGUGUUUUUAUUGCUUAUCACCCAGUGUGGAAGAAAGUACAGUGGAACCCCGCUAUAACGCGAUGAUUGGAGUCCAUAAAAUCGGAUCGCGUUAAAAGCGGGGUUGCGUUGUUUACUUUCGUUCUUAGCACAGCGGAAAUCCCCUACGUAUUACUAUUUAUAGUUCUACUGCAAGAAAGCCUCGUUUUCGGCAUUAAUUUUUAUACUAGUUUGAACCUGGUGCGUUUAGGGGCUCAUUUUCUACGAUAUUUUGAAAAGUUGUGAUUUUUUUCGCUUUAAAAAAUGGCUUUCCAAGCAAUGGAUAAAAUUUUCAAAGAACUUAGGCCUGACGGUGCGUGUUAUUGUGGGGUUCCACAAUACACCCUAUAAUAGUGUUGUUCCCCUAGACCACUAUAGAGCCUAUCAAACUCCCUGUUAAGUAAACGCACCUAGAGUUUGUUCAUUUUGAACUCGUCUUAAGAAGGAAGGUUGCUACACACUAGUCUGAGUAAAUGAGGAAUAUUUUUUUAAAAGUCUCUCAUUUUAAAAUCCUAUUGUUUUUAUCCUAGGGUUUUGGUGUGGCAGCAAAGUCUACCCUAGCCUGCAGGAACUGUGAUCCCAUGACCAUUGUUGUGUUUCAUCAGGCAGAUACAGGCCAGUACAUCAGGGAUGAGGACAAUUUAACAUAAAUAUUAUUUUUUUUAAAUUCUGAACUAGAACAUUAAACAAAUUCAAUCAGC